UGUUCGUCUCCAUCUACAUACUGUUUAACCCCGACCCAAGCCCUCGGGGGUCAAAUAUAUAAUUUCACUAACUAAACUCCUAGAAAUACAUAUAUAUUUUUCAAUCGAUGAUUAAAAUCGCCAAUAUCGAGCACUAAAAUAGUCAGAUUUUUGCAAAAAUUUGGGUUUGAGUUCUUCGAAUUGGGCAUAGCUCUCUCUCUACAAAUGCUUCUGUAAAACCCCCUCUCAGUUUUUUUUCUUCAUUGCAAUCGUGAGAAAGUGAGUUUUAGAGAGAGAAACAUAUACAUUAUAGAGAGAGAGGGAGGGGAAAGUAUGGUCCGGUUGCUAUCGAGGCUAAGCGGAGCUAUAUAGGGAGAGAAUCGAAACCCUAAUGACAUAAAUCUGUAUAACGAGGAAUCCAAUGGAGCUAGAAGUUUCAUCUCCAAAGGCCAGGGGUCUUUCUCCUUCUGAUUGUGUCAGUGAUCCUGAAGAGCAAGAAAUCAGUGAUGACGACGACGAUGAUCGUAAUCAUAAGCAUCGUAGACGGGAGACACGGUCUCAAUCUUUGGAGAGAGAUGCUAUGGAACAAGUUCUAAUAAGGCCAUACAGAAAGAGAAAUAAACCUUUUGAAAAUGGACAUCCUUAUAGGGAAAAUGAUUCUCAGUCCAGCGAAACCUGGAAAAGUUAUAAUAUGUCCCCUCUGGAGAAAGACCUGUCUGCAAAGUUCGAUAAACGACGCCCUGGCUUCACCACAUUUCAUAGAGCUCCAAACAGGGUUAAUCAAUCAUUUUCUGCUGAGCUUGGUCCUGGUAGGGGUGGAGGAAGGGAAUCUGGUUCCUGGAGCCAACGUGAUCCUAGGUUCAUCUCUAUUGAUAUUGCUUCUCAAAUGGUUCCACAGGGAUCUGUUGCUCCAAGUCUGUUUCCAGGGAGGGGGUUGCCAAAUGUUUCAAACUCACAAAAUGCAUCAUGUGCAUUUGGACUGAUUCCAGGAAUGCCAAAUGGUGGUAUGGAUACACUCCAUUCCUUGGUUGCAGGAACUAGACCAUCAAUCAGUCCUUCACUAAAUAUAGGUCUUCCACGCCAAAGGUGCAGAGACUUUGAGGAGCGUGGUUUUUGCCUAAGAGGAGACAUGUGUCCAAUGGAACAUGGUGUCAAUCGGAUUGUUGUUGAAGAUGUUCAGAGCCUUUCACAGUUCAAUCUCCCUGUAUCACUUCCAAGUGCUCACCUGCUGGGAACACCCUCUGUUUUACCUUCUGUUGGUGCUCCUUCAAGCACAUUGAUAAAUAGCAAGAGUUUACAUAGCAAAAGUAGCAAGCCUGGAAUGACUGAUGAUGGAUUGGGCAUGAAUAGUGUUUUUACUGGUUCAGCUGGUGCUGAUUUUUAUGAUCCUGAUCAGCCUCUGUGGACUAAUGUUUGUACUGAGACUUCAACAGCACCGCUAGGACUAAAUUCAUCUAAGCUUGAUGAAACUGAAUCUUUGUUAGAUGCCAACCCCUCUGCCCGUCACCAUGGCAGGUUAUUCGAUGGCUCUGACAAUGAACACCUGGUGAGGAGCACUACUACUGCUGCUGGACCUCAAAGUACAAGUUCAUCUGUGUGGGGAAGAAUUGCUACAAAGAACAAACUGGAAACUAAGGAGAAAAUUGAUUUGACCAGAAAUUUCUCAAAUUAUAUUGAAAAUGAAGCAAAGGAUGAACAAGCACCAUUAACCAAUCUUCAGGAACCUGCCCGACAAGGGAAGCGGAUCACUGUGGAAAACAUUGGCUCACAAGCAAUUGAUUCAUCUCUGAAGACACAAGGUGAUACUGGACAUACUACUCGGAAACCUUCUCAAAAAGCAUUACGUACUCUAUUUGUGAAUGGCAUUCCUCACAAAGACAACAAAAGAGAGGCCCUUCUUUCACAUUUUAAAAAAUUUGGAGAGGUUAUUGACAUUUAUAUUCCAUUGAAUAGUGAACGAGCUUUUGUUCAGUUCUCUAAAAGGGAAGAGGCUGAGGCUGCUCUGAAGGCACCUGAUGCUGUAAUGGGUAAUAGGUUUAUCAAGCUAUGGUGGGCUAAUCGGGACAGCAUUCCUGAUGAUGGAACAAGUAAUCUUAAUAGUGUUUCAGUAACUCGUGAGGUGGCAGCUGUUUCAGUUCCACCCCAUCUGUCUGUUGCUCACAGUGGAAAGGAUAAUCUCCAAUCUGCAGCUCCAAAACUUAGUGUUCCCAAUGCUUCUGUUGCUUCUGUGCCUGCCUCUGAUCACCAUCACCCUAAGCUUGUGGUGUCUAAUAGUCCGAAAGCCCCACCUCCUUUGCAAAAGAAGCUGGAGAAUUUAGAGCUUUUGAAGGAGGAACUACGUAAGAAGCAGGAAUUGCUUGAUCAGAAACGCAAUGACUUUCGGCUUCAGUUGGACAAACUUGAGAAACAAGCUACAGGUCCCAAAGGUGAAGUACUGUCUGAGCAGGCGGCUAAGAGACAUAAACCAGGAACAGUAGCUGAUGUUGCAAAAGCUACAACUCCCAGGUUUGCUGAUUCUGGUACUGUAGUGGCAUCAUCACUAGCAGAAGUGAUGGCUGAGAAGAAUAAAUUUGUGGAGGACAUCGUGCACCAAAGUUCCAAGCCUAGUACAGUUGCGACACUGCAGGAACCUUCAAGUGUGAAGCAUUCAAUUCGUCCUUUGGCACCAGCAGGGGCACCUUUUGUCAUGAAUAAAUUCAAAUUGGACAACCGUCCCACCACCUUCAAAAUUAUUCCACCUUUACCAACAGGCCUUGCAAAUGUUGCUGUUUUGAAGGAACACUUCUCGGCUUAUGGCGAUCUGUCUGCCAUAGAGCUAGAAGAUGUAGAGUCUAGCGACUUGGUGGCAUCCAAAAAUUGCUCCGCCCAUAUUUCUUUCACAACACGUCAUUCAGCUGAGAGGGCAUUUGUGAACGGUAAAUGCUGGCAAGGCCACAAUUUGCAGCUGACGUGGCUGCCACCAAGUAAUUCUAGCAACGACAAUGGUACUAUUAGAGAAGUUGCACCCGUUGAUUCCCAUAAAGCAGCUGCCUCAGGAAAUGGAGAAUCUGAAAAAUUGGAAAGAAAAGAAAGUGGUGGUGAGCGUAUGGAACAGGAUGAAGAUCUGCAGUCCAGUUCGUCAACGAAUUCGUCUGAGAAAAAGUGUCCUAAAGGAGAUGGUUGUUGAGGAUGGCCUGAUUGUCGGAUUGUACAGUGAGGUAAAUUUUAAAUAUUUUUAAAAAUAUUUAAGGUGCCUUGGAAAUUGCUAAAUUCUGGUUUUCCAAUUUUUUAAUCACAUGCUUCUUGGGUUAUGUAAAGAGGGAAUUUUGCGAUUUUCAACUACCAAUGCUGGACAAGGGAUGGUUAGUUGUGAAUUGUGUUGUCUUUUAAAUGUUUAGGACUGACGAUUAAAGUUGAAAAAUAACUAUCAAAAUAAAUUAAAAUGUUAAAUGAGAACUUCUUUGAUCCUCUUUUUCUUUC